CAACAACAUUUGUAUUUACAAUCGCCGACUUCCACAUUCAAACGUAAGAAGCAACAGCAAUUGUUAAAAGAAGAACAGGAAGUUGAACAACAAAGGCAAAAACAGCAACAACAACAACUGCAACAGGAGCAUUAUAACAAUAACUUGUAUAAAAUUGGCAAUAGCCACCAAGAAAGGCCAAUAGGCACCACUGAAAGUGCAACAACCUUAAGCGAAGAUUAUCACAGCAGGACUACAAUAGUAAAUACAAAUAAUAGAGGAAGUAAUUUAACUCCCAAACGGCAGUCUCUACUAUUACAACAACAACAACAACAACAACAACCACGAACCAACAGCAGCAGCAACACUAACCCUAUAACAAAUGAUACAAAGACGGUGAUAAACAAUAGUUUAGGUGUUUUACUAACAGACACCGUUACAUAUGCACCCUCAUCAUCGUCUGCAACAACAUUCUCUUAUAUCAACGGAAACGGAACUCUAAACAGAAACUCGAACGGUAACGGAUCUACACGUUUAACAUUUAAAACGCACACACUACCAGCCAUAACAAAAACAACAACCCCUUCUACCUUUAUUACGGAUGGUGUGGUGGAUUUGGUGGCAACAACCAACGUAACAAAAUCAAAAGGUCUUACCGGGCGGGAGAAUAAACACAACAAACUGUCCGCAUCGUUUAAACGUCGUCAGAAAAUGCAAGCCAGCAGUAGUGGUGGCAGUGGUACCACAACAGCAACGGCAAAAGGCAACAGUACUUCGAGUCUAAUGGAUGACAUUGAAAUGCAUUUGGGUUUAAUUGGAUGGCGCAAAAAGUGUCUUUACACUUUACUGGUGCUCUUAAUGCUAUUGAUAAUCAUAAACUUAGGACUAACACUAUGGAUAUUGAAGGUCAUGGAAUUCUCAACGGAAGGUAUGGGUCAACUGAAAAUUGUUCCUGGUGGUAUACAACUAACUGGACAAGCUUUAAUUAUGGACAUGUUAAGAGCAUCCACAAUACGCUCAAGGCAUGGGCAACCUAUAGCAAUAGAAUCAUCACGUAAUUUUUCAAUCAAUACACGUGACACGAAUGGUAUGCGAAAUCAUUUAUUCCUGGGACACGAUAAGCUUGAGUGCAUGGCGACAGGUUUUCGUAUCAAUGAUACAAACGGAAGAAAUUUAUUUUCUGUAAAUCGUAAUGAAGUUACAAUCGGUGCACACGCUCUACGGAUUGAUGGUGAAGGUGGUGCCAUAUUUCGAGAGUCAAUACAGACACCACAUGUACGUGCCGAACCGGGACGUGAAUUAGGUGAGUAG